AUGGCUCGCCUCACCACACUGAUCACCUCGACCUCACUUCCUCCUCAACCUCGAGCUCACUCCUCGCUCUCCCGCCGCGAGCGCGCGCUCUCUCUCGCCGCGACCACGCGCAAUCCGUCGCCGAGCUCGAGGACGUCGGCAAUGGCGCGGCCGCAGCAGCGGUAUCGCGGCGUGCGGCAGCGCCACUGGGGCUCAUGGGUCUCCGAGAUCCGCCACCCUCUCCUGAAGACGAGGAUCUGGCUGGGCACGUUCGAGACGGCGGAGGACGCGGCACGCGCGUACGACGAGGCGGCGCGGAUCAUGUGCGGCCCGCGCGUGCGCACCAACUUCCCCCACGACGUCGCCGACGAGGCCGCGCCGCCGCCGCCGCCGCACAGCGCCGCCGCAGCCUCCUCGUCGUUCCUCUCCGCGGCGCUCGUCGCCAAGCUCCACCGCUUCAACCUCGCCUCCGUCCAGGCUGCGCAGCGCGGCAACAGCAACGACGACGACUCCACCACCUCCUCCUCCGCCGCCGCGUCGUCGCGCGCCGUGAUUCCGUCCCUUCCCGCCGCCGCCGGCGCAUUGGGCAAUGCGGCGGCGACGGCGGAGUGGAGCGGCGGGUUCCUCGAGGAGCAGUACGUGGACCAGAUGAUCGAGGAGCUCCUCGACUCCAACUUCUCCAUGGAGAUCUCCUGCUGAUGUGCCCUGUUCAUCUACCUGUUCUUCUCUGCUCCAUCUCCUGUUUCUUUCUCUCUCUCUUUUUUUUCUUUCUUUUUUUUUGUUUUUUUAGUUUAGUAAGCUAUGUGAGGAAGAACUCUGAUCGAGGUUAGUUUGGUCACAGUGAGUUCUGGAGCAGCUUGUGUAUACGGUAGCAUCAUUUAGAGCAUAAUAGGGUUGCAGUUGAGACCUUCAAUUUUUGUUCUGCUACUUUAAUUAGUGUCAUGUGCUUAAUUUCAUCUUCAAGCUUUUCAUGCUCCCAUGGUGAUAAGUUAGGUUUAUAUUUUUUAUUACUACUGCUCUUAUUUGUUAGA